AUGAUCGAGCUGAACAGCGCCCAGACCAUCAUGUUGUCGGCCACAGUCAUCCUGUCCUACACGGCGUUGGGCGGGUAUUACUCGGUUGUCUACACGGACAUCUUCCAGCUCACGAGCACCGCAAUCGGACUGUGGGUCUGCGUGCCCUACGUCCUGACAAACAGCGCGGCGGGACAGCUGGGGCCUCCGCAGGACGACUGGAUUGGCAUGAUCGAGAACAAGGACCUCAGCCAGAUCUUCGACCACAUGCUCACGACUAUCUUCGGUAGCAUUCCGUGUCAAGUAUACUUUCAAGGGGUCCUCGGCUCUGAUAACGCCUUCAGUGCGCAGAUGCUUUCCUAUUUGGCCGCCGUGGGAUGCUUGGUGCUAGCAGCACCAUCAGUCAUCAUUGGUGCUGUUGCCAAAUCUACGAACUUCACCGCGAUGGGCUACCCCGGUCCGUACAAUCUGCUCGCGGAGCACCGCAGGAACGUGAUGCCCACCGCCAUCCACUACAUGACUCCGUCCUCGGUGUCCACACUGGGGCUGACCGCCAUCACCGCGGCCAUCAUGUCGUCCGCGGACUCUUCCAUGCUGAGUGCCUCUUGCCUCAUCACCCGCAAUAUCUAUCACUUUAUCAUAAGGCCUACGGUAAGGAAGCCAACUAACUAA